CUAGCUUAGCUUAGCUUCAUUUCCUUGGCCUUGAGUACUCUUCAGUACCAUCUGCGACUGCGAGAGAGCGAGCGAGCCUCUUACACCACAAGCUAGCUAGUAUAGCUAAGCUUGGCUUCUUGACCUCUCCACCUGCAGCUUCAACCAGAAUUAAUAUAUAAUCCAGGUCUCUUAGCUCUCUCCAGAAUCCAUAUAUGUCUCUGAUCACGGAUGAUCCUGAGGAGUCCCCGAGGGACUGCUCCAGAUCCAGGAAGCACCACCACCACCACGGCAGCAGCAGCAGGAGUAGUGGGCGGCGGGCGCUGAUCGCCGCAUCGUCGACGGUGGCGUCGCUGCUCUCGUUGGCCUUCAUCCUGUGGCUCACCCUCCGCCCUGCCAGCCCGCACUUCUCGCUGCUCGCCGCCACCGCCACCGCCACCGCCACCAACAACGCCUCCGUCAUCAUAGUGGACGCCGCCUUCACCGCCCGCAACCCCAACGCCAACGCCGCCGCCCUCUACGACCAGCUCCAGGCCAGCGCCUCAUACGCCGGCGUGCCCCUCGGCGCCGGUGCGCCGCUGCCGCCCUUGGAGCAGCCGGAAGGCGACGUGGUGUUGUCGGCCUUGCUGACGUCGCCAUCCACGACGGCCGUGGCAGUGGGCGGGCAGGCGCUGCUGAGGGUGCGCAUCGAGGGGCAGCUCCGGUGGAAGGUGGCAGCCUGGGUGUCCGGCAGGCAUGGCCUCGCGGUGGACUGCAUCGCCGCCGUGCUGUUGCGGCCGUCGCCGUCGCUGUCACCGAGGGUUGCUAUUGGCGCCGUGCAGGGGUCCUCCUCCUCCCAGUGCGCCACCCACGUCAUAUGACUCCAUCACUAGCUAUGAUCAAUCAUCACCGUACGAUAUCGUCGUGUGUCGUAUAGUAGUAGUAGUGGACAUCGUCAAUAAAUAAAUAAUAAUCUAACCAGUGUAAGAUCGAUACAUGAGUGCUACUCUAGUAUGUAAUCCCUUGUUCUUCUUGAAUAUAUUUUUGUUUUUUUAGAAAA